CACCACAGGCUAUUAUAGGAGGGCAGAAGAUAAGACAGGCCGUACAUAAACCCACCCCAGCAUCACACCUCGGCUGGGAGUUCAUCAUACCAUCAUUCAGACAUGGCGAGUAAGAAGGCGUCCAAUAAAAGACAGAGGGGAGCACAGAAGUCUUGCUCCAAUGUCUUCUCCAUGUUUGAGCAGUCCCAGAUACAGGAGUUCAAAGAGGCUUUUGGUUGCAUUGACCAAGACAGAGACGGUGUUAUCAAAAAACAGGACCUGAAGCAGACCUAUGGACAGCUGGGGAAGCUUAACGUGAACGAUGAGGAGCUGGAUGAGAUGUUGAACGAGGGGAAGGGUCCCAUCAACUUCACCGUCUUCCUGACUCUUUUUGGGGAGAAACUCAACGGCACCGAUCCUGAAGACACCAUACUCGCUGCCUUCAAACUUUUUGACCCCAAUGGGACGGGCUUUGUUAACAAGGAUGAGUUUAAACGGUUACUGAUGAACCAGGCUGAUAAAUUCACAGCAGAGGAGGUGGAUCAGGCCUUCCUUCUCGCUCCCAUCGACCCGACUGGCAACAUCGACUACAAGUCGCUCUGCUACACCAUCACGCACGGAGACGAGAAGGAGGAAUCCUAACCAGGACUGUAGUCAGGUCACAUCAGGUCAUCUAAACAUGCAGAUAACUGUUUUUAAACUGGCUGGUUCUCAUUCAGAAACAUUAAUGAUUGGUGGAAUAAUGUUGUAAUAUCUGAUUCAUUCAAUCUCAGCUGUCUAACUGGUGUGUUUUUUCAUUUGUUUGUAUGCUAUUGAGAAUAAAGUUUACCUCAAAUGCU